UGUAAUUAUAAAUUCAACCCAAAAUCUUGAUUAUUUCAAACAAUUCCUAAGUAAAGUUUGUAAACUGGAUUUAUCUCCUCAAAAGUGUAAUUAUAAAUUCUCUUGGGGGUUUUGUUAAGUAUGUUUUUCAUCAUCUUUCGUUUGUUUCCUAAUAAUAAUAAUUGAUAACUCCAUUUCAAAGAUGAGCAAAUUCAUCCAUUCUGAUCUGUGUGUUUUUUAACGGCAAUUAAUGCUUAUAAACAAGGAUAAGUCUAAGAAUCUAGUAUUUUUUUUUACUAAAACCAUAAGUACAUACCUUGUUUCUUACAUAUUUUUGGGUAUGUAACAAUUAAUCCACAACAGAAAAGUUAAAGGCCAAAUAGCAGACGCUACCAAAGCAUUUUUGCAAUCACUAUUGAGGUUCGUAUGGAACAAGUGGGGGCCAAUGCUCAUAAACAUAUUGCUGAAAAUUAAAAGAGAUCAAGAGUUACAGAUGGUAGAAAAUGUGUCCGAGGGAUUAGAAAAGAUGACUGACAGGGUGGAACACAUGGCCGAAGACAUUGUCACGGGGAAGGAAUUUAAAAAGACGGUAGACGGGGUGGAACACAUGGCCGAGGAUGUUGUCACGGGGAAAGGGUUGAAAACGAUAACAGAUGGGGUGGAACACAUGGCUGAAGAUAUUGUCGUCGAGGCGGAGGGAUUAGAAAAGAUGGCAGAUAAGGUGGAACACAAGGCUGAGGAUGUUGUCAAGAAUUUUACAGGAAGAUCAUUUAAAGGGGCUGCUAAUUUCAUAGAAAAUGCAGCUGAGAAGGUCUAGGCAGUGAUGCAUGGGCGAGUUGCUUUGGCAAUUGGCAAGGAAUUAGGGCCUUUGCUCGGGUGAGCCUUGGUUAAUCUAAAAAGCGCGCAAGGUGGUGCUAGCAUUAAGAGUUUGGGACAUUUGUGCUCUAACAACCAAUGUUGAAGUGUAAACUUCCCAAACAACAUAUGUAAGUGUUGCACAUUGAGAAAAGAAGAGAGAGUAACACUACAAGAAAUAAGCUAUUUCGUGACAACCAAAAUUUGUCGCAAAAAAUAGCAAAAACUGUCGCAAAAAAUAGUUGCGAUAGUCAACUGUUGUAAUAAGUUUGUCGUAGUCAGAAUCGUCGUAAAAUUUCAUUUUUGCGACAGUUUGGCUGCUGUAAAGAAUUAUUACGACGGUUUUACUAAUUUCAACGACUGUUUUUUAUUUUUUCGCUGUAACUAUUUUACGACAGUUUUAAACCGUCGUAAGUUACGACAGAAAUAAAAAACUGUCGUAUAAGAUAGUUUUACCGACGGCUGUCAGUCGCAAAUAGCCGUCGCAAAAAAUAAAAAACUGUCAUAAAAGAUAGUUUUACCGACGGCUGUCAGUCGCAAAUAGCCGUCGCGAAAAAUAAAAAUAAAUAAUAAACGCCCUUACC